AUAAGCAAAUUAAGCAGUUGAUGAUUAAACUUGUGAAGCAAAUUAAGCAGUUGAUGAUUAAACUUGUGAAGCAAAUUAAGCAGUUGAUGAUGGAGUUGCAGAGAGCAGUUAGAAAGAAAGAAAGAUGGUGCAGGAGCAGGAAUUGGAGGAGCAACCACUCCUGCAAUAAACAAGCUGAUCAGCGCGAAACAACUCCCCUGUUUCUCCAGGUAUAAAUUUGCUCUCAUCCAAUACUACACAGCGCACUCAAAGAUUCAGACCAAAUCCCGGCAGAUUGUGCAGCAAACAAAACAAUCCAAACACAUGAGCGAGCCCGCGACCGUGAUCCACAUGGACGGCGGCAAGGCUCCUCCGACGACUGGUGAUGCCGCAGGCAGCAGCAGCAAGGCCGCUGGUCGUGGUCUCCCGCUGAUCCUGCGGUCCAGCGGCGGCGGCGGGUUCCGGCGGUGCCUGGCGGUGAUCGACUUUUUGCUGCGUGUGGCCGCGUUCGGGCCGACGCUGGCGGCGGCCAUCUCGACGGGCACCGCCGACGAGCGGCUGUCGGUGUUCACUCAGUUCUUCCAGUUCCACGCCCGUUUCGACGACUUCACGGCCUUCAUCUUCUUCAUGGUGGCCAACGCGGUGGCGGCGGGGUACCUGGUGCUGUCGCUGCCCUUCUCCGCCGUGGGCAUCGUCCGCCCCAAGGCCACCGGCGUGAGGGUGUUCCUUCUCGUCUGCGACGUGCUGGUCAUGUCCCUGCUGACGGCGGCCGGCGCCGCGGCAGCCGCCAUCGUGUACGUGUCGCACUGGGGCAGCCUGCGCGCCAACUGGGUGCCCAUCUGCAUGCAGUUCCACGGCUUCUGCCAGCGCACCAGCGGCGCCGUCGUCGCCACCUUCCUCGCCGUCCUCGUCCUGCUCGUGCUCAUCCUCAUGGCCGCCUGCUCCAUCCGACGACGCAGGCACUAGUCUAGGAAGCAAGCAAUUCUUGCUUGUUUCCGCUGGUGUGGUGAUUCCUCCCCUUCCAAGUUCCAACACCAACAGUGUGCUUUAUUUCCAUGCCUGGAUCGUGUAAGUGUAACAUCAAUCUACCAAAUGUGCUGUGUCAGUGUGUGUAAGUACAGUUCCAAUUUCCAACCAAGUGCUUGUAUGAAUAUGAUUGUUGCAACAUGUAUUGUGAAUUAAUAUUGGAAGAAGAAGCAACAGUUCCAAAUUA